AUGUCCUCAGGAAAAUGCGCCAUGAGAGGGACUUGCGGCUCGGUGGGGUGGGGCGGGCAACUCCUCCCAUGCCCCUAUGAUGGCCCAGCAGAGAUGCCCGACUCGGCUAACUUCAGAGAGACGCUGGUGGCUACGUGCGGAAGCUCUUACACAGACGUCCCCGUGUGCUGUACCUUGGAGCAGGUGGGGACACUUUCUGCCAACUUCCAACAAGUGGAACCGUUGAUCGGCUCUUGUCCGGCCUGUCGAAACAAUUUCCGCGAUUUCUUCUGCGCCUUCACUUGUUCACAUCGUCAAGGCACAUUUUUGAACGUUUCAUCCACUCAAUUGAGCAAUACCAACCAACAAGCUGUCAAAAGCGUUGAGUUUUUCGUCGGGAAUGGCAUGGGUCAAGGUUUCUACGACAGUUGCAAAGAGGUCAAGUUUAGUGCAACCAAUGGUUACGCAAUGGAUUUUAUUGGAGGAGGUGCUAAAACGUAUCCCGAGUUUCUCAAAUACAUGGGCGAUGUCCGUCCAGGCUUGGGCAGCCCCUUUCAAAUCGAUUUUCCCAACCGGACUUUCGGAGGAUAUAGCGAAUAUAACCCGCGUCCGCGCUCUUGUGCUGACGAGAAUCUAUCCAAUCACUGUUCCUGCACUGAUUGUCCGUCAAUCUGUCCUGUCCUUCCAACUAUCCCCCCUCCGGGUUCCCACCCUUCUUGCCAUAUCGGUCCUCUCCCUUGCCUAAGCUUCCUGCUCCUCCUAACAUAUGCUAUUGGCUUAAUUGGUUUUGUUGGGGGUUACGGUUUUGGCCGUGCGGUGCGCCUCGCUCGCAGCCAUGAAACACCUUCCGGACUGAUCGGGGCGUCGUCCUUAGCCACUCGGCACGAUGAUACGGUGUCGGAUUCGAGACAUAGUCUGGGAAGAGGGGCGUCGCUUUUGGAUCAAGAAGGCUUGCAGCCUCGGCAAUACUAUCUUAACACCAUUCUUCGACGGUUUUUCUACCGAUUGGGAUGGUUAUGCGCGAAUAAUCCUACCCUAAUCUUCAUUCUUUCCCUACUCUUCGUCACUGUUGCGAAUGUUGGGUGGAAGUUCUUCAAGGUUGAAAACGAUCCAGUCAGACUCUGGGUUGCCCCUAAUUCUGACAGCAGAGCCCAGAAGGAUAUCUUCGAUAAGCACUUCGGCCCGUUAUACCGAGUAGAACAACUUUUCAUUACCACCGCCGCUUUGCCCAUUCUGGAACAUCGGUCACCUGUUGCACCUGUUGCAUCGAACAUUCCUCUCUUGCAGAAGCGGCCCGUCCUAUCUUUCAAAUCACUUCAGUGGCUGUUUGACGUCGAGGAUGAAAUUCGGUCGCUACGGUCACCAAAAUCUAAUCUCGCCUUUCAAGAUGUAUGCUUCAAGCCUGCAGGACCUGGUGGCAUCUGUGUUGUUCAAUCUGUCACUGCGUGGCUAGGCGGAAGCCUCGACAAGGACGACUGGUCGGACAAGAUCCGGACUUGUGCUCGACAACCGGCAAGCUGUAUGCCAGAAUAUGGACAACCUUUACAACCAGAAUACGUAUUAGGCGCUGUUCCGGCCCGGAACGGCUCAUCCCAGUGGCUGGAUGCGGAAUCGUUAAUCGUUACGUACGUGGUCGCUGACUCUCUAAAUACCACCGUCAAAGCAAAGGCAGAAGAGUGGGAGGAAGAACUGCUUAGUUACCUGUUGUCCUUGUCAAGGACAGCCUCCCGCGAUUUUGGGUUGGAGAUAUCCUUCAGCACUGGCAUUUCGCUGGAGGGAGAACUGAACAGGAGCACAAACACAGAUAUUAGGGUUGCAGUUCUAUCCUAUCUUGCGAUGUUCCUGUAUGUUUCCUUGACACUCGGCCGAGGAGAAGGCGGUGACCACAAGUCCGGCACAUUCUUUAUUAAAAAGUGGUGCUUUCCCGGCAGGGGUACUUCUGGUGCGAAUGCUACAAGUAUCGCCUCCUCUCGUGGAGGUUACAGCUUCCUGCGGCAUGUCUUUGUUGAAUCCAAAGUGGCGUUGGGCUUGUUUGGUUUGAUACUAGUUCUGCUGUCCAUUGCAUGUUCGAUUGGGAUUUGGUCCUACUUCGGGGUCAAAGUCACGUUGAUUAUCGCUGAAGUCAUCCCAUUCCUAGUUCUGGCUGUUGGCGUUGACAAUGUUUUCCUUUUGGUUGCCGAACUUGAGCGCCAAAAUUCUCUUCAUGGUCUCAACGCAUCCUCUCAUUCACCGAGUGCAACGACCGCGACCCCCUUGUCUCCCUCCCAACGUUAUGCUAAUGAACAAGAUUCCGACGACCUGGAUUCGGGAUCCAUCUACUUGGCGGUCGAAGAGAGAGUUGCAAGAUGCGUUGCCAAAGUUGGGCCGUCUAUUUUCAUUAGUUCCGGAACUCAAACCUUGACUUUUGCUCUCGGGGCGUUGGUACCAAUGCCUGCUGUUCGCAACUUCGCUCUGUAUGCGGCGUUGAGCGUAUUCCUGAAUGCUGUCAUGCAAGUCACUCUCUUCGUUAGCUCCUUGGCUUUGGACCUCCGACGAACUGAGAAUGGGCGUGUAGAUUGCUUUCCAUGUGUCAAGAUUCCUGCAAGGAUUACGCUUCCGGACCACUCAAAGGGCCCCGGUGGUGCUUUGGUUCGAUUCUUUCGUCGAACUUACGCACCUUUCAUCCUUCAUCCAACAGUCAAAGGCAUCGUCAUCGCCAUCUUCAGUGGCCUCGCAAUCUUCUCUACUAUAUCCUUACAGAACAUUGAACUAGGUCUGGAUCAGAAGCUGGCAUUGCCUUCGGACUCUUACCUCCUUGACUAUUUUAAGGCAGUGGAGAGUUACCUUGAUGUUGGACCUCCUGUCUAUUUUGUAGCCGAAUCCUUAAACGCGAGCACUCGUUCUGCUCAGCGAUCAAUAUGCGGAAAAUUCACAACUUGCGAUGAGUUCUCCGUAGCCAACACCCUGGAAGCUGAAAGGAAACGUCCUGAAUCCUCGUUCAUCUCGCAACCACCUGCAAUAUGGAUUGAUGAUUUUCUCAAGUGGCUGGAUCCUAGUCUCGACAGCUGCUGUCGUGUCAGGAAGAGCGACCCCUCCGUGUUCUGUACAUCAAGGGAGCCAGAGAAAUUAUGCCAGCCAUGUCUUGCAGGGAAGUUACCACCGUGGAAUGUGACCAUGGAUGGGAUGCCAGAAGGUUGGGAGUUUUAUAAAUACCUCGCACACUGGCUCGAUUCUCCGACCGAUGAAUGCGGCCUUGGAGGGGAACAGUCCUACGGUGCAGCUAUAUCUGUGGACGAGAGAGGCACGGUCAUUGCGUCUCAUUUUAGAACGUAUCACACUUCAUUACGCAACCAAGGUGACUAUAUCAAUGCUUUCGUGGCCGCUCGUCGCAUCGCCGGUGAUCUCUCGGCAGAGACGGGCUCCAAAGUCUUCCCAUAUUCGAUUUUCUACGUGUUCUUUGAGCAAUACUUGUACAUCAUCUCUAUCACGCAAGAGAUCUUGGGAUUGGGCCUAGCUUCAGUCCUCCUGCUUACCUCAGUCCUCCUGGGUUCUUGGCGCACAGGAACGAUUGUAACAGGAGUAGUUGGUCUAACUAUCUUGGAUGUUAUGGGGGUAAUGGGUGUAUGGGGUAUAAGCCUCAACGCCAUUAGCUUGGUGAAUUUGGAGAUAUCGUUGGGUAUUGCAGUGGAGUUCUGCAGUCAUAUAGCGCGCGGAUACAUGAGUACCACCACAGAGAUGGAUGACGCUGAGAGAAAAGAGAGGGAUGAACGAGUUUUUACGUCUUUAGUUGAAGUUGGACCUUCAGUCCUUUCUGGUAUCACCUUCACCAAAUUAAUCGGCAUCUCUGUAUUGGCGUUUACAAGAUCUAAAUUACUUGAAACAUAUUUUUUCAGAAUGUGGCUCUCUCUUAUUCUCCUGGGUGCUGUACACGGACUGGUUCUUCUUCCCGUCUUGCUAUCAUUUGCCGGUGGCCCAGGUUAUGCCUUAGAGGAUGCUGACGAGGAGUGGAUGUCGAACGCAGUUAGGAGACCCGAUUAUGAAUACACUCCGUUUUCUGCAGAUGAUGAGUCCACCUUGAGUGACUUGUGA